UGUGAAAUUCAGUGGUCUUGACAUGAUAAAGCCAGCUGAUAUCAGGAGAAACUGAAUUUCACUUAUUGUAAUCCACAAUAUUUUGAGAGAUUGACUCUUGUGAAAAAUUAACUAUUCAUUUUGAUAGCUAUGUUGAUAAAAUAAAACCUGUACAUUUGUACAUGUAGAGUUUUGAUGAAUCUUGUUGAUUUUCUUUAGGAAAAAGUCGCCUCCUAAACCUGCAGUGAUGAAAGAUUUCACACAGCCAUGGAGGCCACCUGCACCCAAGGUUGCACCUAAACCAAAGGUGGCACCUGGUGUUGCACCCAAACCAAAAACACCAACCAAAUUGGUCUCCCAAGCCCAGGCCCCUGACUUGUAUAGAACCCCUAAGGAUGAAAUUCAUGGGCCAAAACCAUUCAUACCUGGUGCAGAACCUAUGCAUGUUGACCAUGAACCACUACAGGCUAAGCCUACUGAGGGAGUUCCUGAAGGUUUCGUCCCUCUGAAGGAAAAGUUGGAGCUCUUCAAACCACAUCCAGAACAAGCUCCACCUAUACAACAUGCACCAGGACACUGGGAGAAACCGAAACCAUUGUUUGUAAAACCAGAACCUGAGAAACCAGCACCAAAAUACGAAGUUGAGGUCCCAGUAGGUGAAAUUCAUAAACUGCCAACUCACGCUUGGUCCAGAAGUCUACCAGAUUAUACUCCAAGAGCUGGUGAAUUGGUGGAGGAUAAGCCUGAAGAUGAUGAACCAGUGAUUGAAAUACUACCUCAACAAAAACCACCUAGAGAUGAGGUAGACAUGGACCUGGGUCCAAUCCCACAAGAGGUUAUCCCCCAGGAGCCUUACACACCACAGGAGGUCCCACAGGAGCCGUACACACCAGAGAGAAGUCAAAUGGAUAUUGACUUAAUGUCACCCAAGCAGGAAUACCCAGAGCACGAGUUUAUCGUGUCUCUACCCCCAGGAGAGCUACCAGCAGGGUACCAUAAAGUAACACCCCCCAAACCUGGGUCCAAGAGACCAUCUGAUGGAGCAGCAGUUCAGCCACCAUGGAGAGGGGCUCAACCUCCCAAAAAGUCGUUCGUACCAGCUGCUCCUCCUGCUCAAGUCCCUGCUCCACCAGCAGCACCUCCUGCUCAAGUCUCGGCUCCACCAGCAGCACCUCCUGCUCCAGCACCCAAGUUCACCACAAAGGCAAAGAUUGCCCCUACCACAGCUCCCAAGCCAACACCUAUGCCAUCAUACCAGACUGCUGCGGGGGUACCCCAAAAGCCACUGGAGGAUCCAGGUCUGUCAUUUGAGACCAGAGCUGUGAUGAAACUCAUCCGUGAACAGGAGACUGAUAAGUAAG